AUGGAUAGCAUCGAGGUUCUUACUGCGGUCUGCGAUGAAGAAUCCAACUUCAUCGCGUUCUGCUAUCAAGUUCAUUUACACACCUACACCUAUCUUAAGUAUUCGCUACAGGGACUUGUCGAGCAGGGUGCGGAGAAUUACAAGCGGACGGCCUAUCGGUUUAAAGCACCUUGGAAGAUCGUCGAGGAGACGGGAUUUACGGAGGAGGGCCUGCUCAGGAUCCGGCGGGACGACUCACUCGUUAAGCGAUAUAACAAAAACAAAUCACUGGCAGUCGGCCCCCGCCAUAACCACGACGUCAGCCGUAGAGGUCUAUUACCACCUUCUUGGCUAUGGCCCUGA